GCCAGCCCCCAGGGCACCCUCCUGGCCCGCCGCUCCCGCUCCGCCCACGGAGCCCGAUGGCGGCGGCCGCGCAGAGGCGCCCGGCAGAGGUUGUCGUGACCUUUGAGGAUGUCACCGUGUAUUUCUCCAGGACAGAAUGGCGCCUCCUUGAUGAGACUCAGAGACUCCUGUACCUUGAUGUGAUGCUGGAGAACUUUACUCUCAUAUCUUCACUGGGUUGCUGCUGUGGAGGAGAGGACACGGAGGCACCCACUGAACAGAAUGUUUCUGUAGGAGUCUCGAAGUCGAAGAAUCCCAAGGCAGCUUUGUCUACCAAGAAGAGCCACCCCUGUGAGAGUUGUGGUUUGGUCUUGAGAGACAUUUUCCUCUUGGUUGACCAGCAGGGAACCCAACACAGCUCGACGCUGCUGACGUGUGGGGCAUGUGCAAAACAGUUUUAUUUUAAUGCACAGAGUCACCAACACCAGGAGCAGGACACGACACAGAAUUGUUUCACAAGCAGUGUGGACAGGGUCUCACUUGGAAAGAGCUGCAAUUUCCAUGUGUCAUGGGAGCCUUGCACCUCUAAUCAGAUUGGAAAUCACUUCCCCCUCAGCUCAGGUCAUCUUGAGCAACUGGCUACUCAUACCAUGCACAGGGCAAAGGAAAUCUGUAAGUCCGGAAUGACUUUUCAAAGUACAAAAUAUUAUUACAACCCAGGAGAAUGCAAGAAAGCAAUUGGCUGUGAUGACACACUUGUAGAGGACAAGAAUGUCAUUACAGGAGGACAGUGCUUUGUGUGUUGUGAAUGUGGGAAAUCUUUUAUCAAUAUCUCUGACCUCCAUGAUCAUCAGAGAGUUCACACUCCAGAAAGGCCUUAUGAGUGCAGUGAAUGCGGGAAAUCUUAUACCUGGAGCUCUGCCCUCCGUAGACAUCAGAGAGAUCACAUUGGAGAAAGGCCUUAUGAAUGCGGUGAAUGUGGGAAAUCUUUUUCCAUUAGCUCUGCUCUUCGUAAUCAUCAGAGAGUUCACAGUGGAGAAAGACCUUAUGAGUGCAGUGAGUGUGGAAAAUCUUAUACCAGUAGCUCUGACCUCAAUAGACAUCAGAGAGUUCACACUGGAGAAAGGCCUUAUGAGUGCAGUCAAUGUGGAAAAUCAUUUACCAGGAGUUCUAACCUUCAUAAGCAUCACAGAGUUCACACUGGAGAAAGGCCUUAUGAGUGCAGCGAAUGUGGGAAAUCUUAUACCAGGAGCUCUGCCCUUCGUAACCAUCACAGACUUCACACUGGAGAAAGGCCUUACGAGUGCAGCGAAUGUGGGAAGUCUUUUACCAUUAGCUCUGUUCUUCGUAAUCAUCAGAGAGUUCACACUGGAGAAAGGCCUUAUGAGUGCAGUGAGUGUGGAAAAUCUUUUACUUGGAGCUCUGCCCUUUUUAAUCAUCAGAGAGUUCACACUGGAGAAAGACCUUAUGAGUGCAGUGAGUGUGGAAAAUCAUUUCCCAGUAGCUCUCUUCUUCGUUAUCAUCAGAGAGUUCAUUCUGGAGAAAGGCCUUAUGAGUGCAGUGAAUGUGGGAAAUCUUUUUCCAGUAACUUUGCCCUUCGCUGUCAUCAGAGAGUUCACACUGGAGAAAAGCCUUAUGAGUGCAGUGAAUGUAAGAAAUGUUUUAGACAAAGCUCUGCCCUGUUUCAACACUAUCGAGUUCAUUCUGGAGAAAAACCUGUUAUGAGUGCGGUUCAUGUGGAAAAACUUACAUGAGUAGCUCUGCUUUUUUGUCAUUGAAGAGUUCAC